AGCGAGCGCGGGCAGGGCCCGUUUCAAAGGAGACUUCCGGCGCCAUGAGCUGCCUCCAGCUGCCCCCCGUGCUGCCCGGCUCCCCCAGCAAGGCCCGCGGGCAGAUCCAGGUGAUCCUCGGACCCAUGUUCUCAGGGAAAAGCACUGAGCUGAUGAGGCGGGUCCAGCGCUUCCAGAUUGCCCAGUACAAGUGCCUGGUGAUCAAAUACGCCAAGGACACGCGGUACAGCAGCAAGUUCUCCACACACGACCGGAACACCAUGGAGGCGCUGCCGGCCUGCCUGCUGCAGGACGUGUACACGGAGGCCAUGGGCGUGGCCGUCAUCGGCAUCGACGAGGGGCAGUUUUUCCCGGACAUCGUGGAGUUCAGCGAGAACAUGGCCAACAACGGGAAGACCGUCAUCGUGGCCGCGCUGGACGGGACCUUCCAGAGGAAGGCCUUCGGGACCAUCCUGCACCUGCUGCCGCUGGCGGAGAGCGUGGUGAAGCUGAACGCCGUGUGCAUGGAGUGCUUCCGCGAGGCCGCCUACACCAAGCGGCUGGGCCAGGAGAAGGAGGUCGAGGUGAUUGGAGGAGCCGACAAAUACCACGCCGUGUGCCGCGUCUGCUACUUCCGGAAGGCGCCGGGCCACAGGGAGGACAAGGAGAACUGCCCGGCGCCGGGGAAGCCCGGGGAGGCCAAGCCUGGCGAGGCUGUGGGUGCCAGGAAGCCCCUGUUCCCUCAUCAGACCCUGCAGAGCAGCCUGGCCAACUGAGCCUGGGGCUGGCGCCCCCUAGCGGACACCUGCCCGGCGCGGAGCCGCCUCAGGAGGAAGCGGCCGGGGACCCUUCACCGCCUAUGGCUGCGGCAGCUCCGUCUGCAGGCCCUUGCCCGGCGGUGGCCGCAGUCCGUUCCCCCCUCUGCCUGCCCAGCUCGGGCUGCAGCCGGCCCUGCGGCUCCGGUCUGGUCCCGGCCCUGCAGCCGUGCUCCUUCUCCUUUGGGCGAGGAGCAGCCGCAUGCUGCGGUGACAUCAGCGACGCCGGCUCCUUCCCUCUCCGUGGCUUUCACCGCCGAGUUUCUGUUCUCACCGGCCCAGCUGCUCCCACGGCGCCCCCCUCCGCGGCGGGCCGGCCGGCCGGGCGUGUGCCUUCGUGCUUCUCUCUGGGCUGCGAGUCCUUCCUGUUCUGGGAUCCCUUCUCGGAAGGACAGCUGUCACGCGGGGCGCGCACCCUCCGCAGGGGGAGGCGUGGGCAGGCCGGCUGCGCUGCCGGUGAGGUUAAUGACUGACAUUAAAGCCGCUGGCUGCAGGGAGCGCGCUUCUCUCUAAGCGCCUGGAACUCCCCGGGUGCCCUGUGGGGGGUUUCUUUCCGGAUCUUUCUCUAUCCUCUGCUCUCAGCCACAACCUGGCAGACGGGGCGUGGAGCAGGUCCUACGAGGAACGUCCCUUUCUCCGACAGGUUUCGGGGCGGAAGGGGUGAGCAGGGCCGGCCCGCUCAGUGCUGCCAGCUGGGGCUGCGGGGUCAGGUUUUGUUUGUGAAACAGACACUGACAAUUCAGGAGCCAAGAAAACGGGCUCAGCUGCGCCUCCAGGCGCGUGCCCGCGGGUG